GGGGGCGGAGCCGAGGAAGCGCAUUCUGGGGACGGGGGCUGGCGAGGCUCACGCGGAGGGCUUCGCUUCUGCGGCAGGGACCGUGCGGAGACGGGGUUCUCACUAUGUUGCCCAGGCUGUUCUUGAACUCCUUGGCCCAAUCAAUCCUCCUCCCUCGGCCUCCCAAUGUGCUGGGAUUACAAAUAACCGUGACCAUGAAAUCCCUGUGGCUGCUCAGAACCCCCUUCCUGUGUGGCUUGCUCUGGGUCUUGUGUGUCCCCGGGGCCAGGACUGAGGAGCCUGCGGCCAGCUCCUCCCAUCCUGACAGUGUGGGCCUGGACAAGAACACGGUGCAUGACCAAGAGCAUAUCAUGGAGCAUCUAGAAGGUGUCAUCAACAAGCCAGAGACGGAGAUGUCCCCACAAGAACUACAGCUCCAUUAUUUCAAGAUGCACGAUUAUGAUGGCAAUAAUUUCCUUGACGGCUUAGAACUCUCCACAGCCAUCACUCAUGUCCAUAAGGAGGAAGGGAGUGAACAGGCACCGCUAAUGAGCGAAGAUGAACUGAUUAACAUAAUAGAUGGUGUUUUGAGAGAUGAUGACAAAAACAACGAUGGCUACAUUGACUAUGCUGAAUUUGCAAAAUCACUGCAGUAGCACUUUUGACCUUCUCUUAGUUAUAUGCAAAUGUGACCUGUGACAAUGUGAUCACAUUCUUUUGGUAAUGCAAAAUAACUCAUUUCCAAUUACUGCCGCAGCAUUUUGGUAAAAUCCUGUAGCAAUUUGUUACACUGGGGUGAGACAGAGAAAUCAAGAAAAAUGAAAGAGAAAUAGGGCAUCUCGUAGUCCCUAAAUGCGAAUACAUCUGUUAUUGGACAAGGGCUUGCU